AUGCUGAAAUCUCCUCGCAAGGCUUCAUUUACUAUCGGCCGUAGCUCGGUGUACGAACGGACGCGCACGAGUGAGAGAGGGCAAGGCGAAAGCAGAGAGCGUAUGAAGUCACAAGCUGCGGGGCUCCGCACGCCUCGCAUGGGGGGAGGUCGCCUGCCUCCUCGAGCUCUGAUCUUCUCGGCUCUGUGGCAUCCUCCCUCCUCGAUUCUGCCGGUCCUCAGGUCCUCUUUCUUUUUCUUUUUCGACGACGACGGUGACGACGACGACGACGGCGGCGGCGGCAGCGGCGGCAGCGGCGGCGCGGGCCGUGCCUCGUCUCGCCGGCCGUGCCUCCGCCCGACGCGC